GGAACAGUCGCCUCAUUCACCAGAUCUAGGAGGCAGCACAUUCCUCUCUGUUGUGCUCAUUGGAAAGGCAUUUGUUUCCUUGUUGGCGUCCUGACAUUCCAAGAUAAAACCCGGGUCUUAACCCUUCCUGUGAUAUCUAAAACCUCUAAGAGGGUGACUCACCGGAACCGUAAACAAUGUAUAGAUUCUGAGGGCUGCUGGUGGUGCGUGGUGGGGAGGACGUAUGGAGCUCCUGUCCCUCUGACCAUGGUGGGAUCCCUUAAACAAGAUGGAAAACGUCCACCAGAAACACUGGAACCGGGGCAGAGGCCUCAGGAGCUGAGAGGAGCGCAGAGGCCGCUGAUGGCAAUGAUCCAAGAAAGGGGAACACAGCAACAGCAAGAGGGGAAAUCUUCCACGGGAAAGAGACAGCCCAAGCUCAGUGACCUGCACGAGACUGCAAGAGACUUCAGAGUACAACUGCAGCUAAUGAGACUGCAGACAGAGCCGAGACUACUCAAAGACAAGGAUGUUAAGAGACAGACUGAGUGUGAACAUACAGCAGAAAUCAGACAGCUGGAAUAUAGAAAGGGACGGUGUGAGGAAGAGCAUAUGUUACAUGUGAAGUUGCAUGACAUGCAGGACAUGUUAGAACAGAAGCAAAAGGAGCAUCAUGAGAUGUGCAAGAAGCUUCAAGAGAUGCAGCGUGAGGCGGAGGAGAUAAGUAGCCUUCAUGGCCAGCUGGGGGGGACGGAUUUGGAGAAGCACCGCGACCUUCUGGUGUUGGAGAAUGAACGUCUGAGGCAGGAGCUGCAGGGGCCACGGAGCCACCUGGACCGCGAGAAUCUCCAGGAGGUGGCGGCGCUGAGGGAGCGUCUACAACACAUGGAGCAGGAGGAAGGCGAGAAGAAGGCACUAAUUUGUGCUUUGCAAUGGGAAGUGCAGCAGAAAGCAGAGAGGCUUUCCGAGGCUGAGCUCCGAGUGAGGGACUCUGCACGUGAGAGGGUGGAAGAGGAGGAGAGGUUAAAUCGCAGAUUGCGGGAGUACCAGCGCUCUCAGCAGAUUAAGUAUGUAGUGAAGACAGUCGAGGUUGAGUCUGGCAAGAUGAAGGCUGCGGUGAGCCAGGCAGAGGCCAGGAGCCUCCAUCUCCAGGAACAGCUGGACAGACAAAACCAGGUCAUACAGGACAUGAAGAGGCAACUACAGCGUGAGCAACAGGAGGCCGCCAAGCUCCGAGCUCAGGUGGCACUGUAUGCUGAAGAGCUUGAUCGUGCCCAGGAGCAAAUGGUGCAGGAGUUCCGUUCCCUGCAGGAGGAGAAGGAGCUUGCAGUGUCUGAGGCAUUUGAGCGAGCCCAGGAGGAGAUGAGAGCUGUGCAUCAGAGUUUGGAUGGUGUCCGCCAGAAUCUCCUCAUGUUACAGCCAGCACUCCGCACUCUGACCCAUGACUACAAUACUCUAAAGAGACAGGUGCGAGACUUCCCGGGCCUGCUGUACGAGACCAUGCGAGAGGCUCGAGAUGAGUUCUCUCAAGUUGUGAAACACGUUCAAGACACAAACUCUGAGCUCCUGUCCAAAUACCGGCGAGAACUUUACCUGCGCAAAGAGUGUCACAACCAGUUGGUGCGACUACGAGGGAACAUCCGUGUACUUGCUCGGGUUCGGCCAAUCACAUCUGAGGAUGGGAUAGGCGCAGGGGCACAGAACGUCAUCACCUUUGACCAGGACAAUAAUGGGAUCCUGCACGUCAAACAGAAAGGAAAAAUGCAGACUUUUGAACUUGACAAAGUUUUCCCUCCUAGUACAACACAGGACGAGGUGUUUGAAGAGGUCUCUCCACUCAUCACCUCCUGUCUGGACGGGUACAACAUCUGUAUUCUGGCCUACGGACAAACGGGAUCUGGUAAAACAUACAGCAUGGAGGGCACCGUGGACAAUCCUGGCAUAAACCAGAGGGCUCUGCGCCUGCUGCUGUCAGAGGUGAGCGAACGAUCCAGCAGUUGGGAACAUCACCUGAGUGUCAGCAUGGCCGAAAUCUACAACGAGACACUAAGGGAUCUACUGGGCUCCGACUACCAUAGCUCUCUGGAUAUAAAGAUGGCUCCAGGGGGUGCUGGGGAGCUGUAUGUUCCAGGGUUGACACAGCGCAGUGUGAGGAACAUGUCGGACAUAAACAAGGUUCUGGAGCUUGGAUGGAAACAACGAGCCACAGAAUGCACAAACCUUAAUGCCCACAGCUCCCGCUCCCAUGCCCUCCUCAUCCUGACCGCCAAGGGACAUGAAACUAGCACUGGGAUCUGUACAACAGGAAAGCUGUAUCUGGUGGACUUGGCUGGAUCGGAGCGGGUGUCACGGUCAGGAGCGGCUGGGGAACGUUUGCGGGAGGCUCAGUGCAUCAACCGCUCUCUAUCUGCUCUGGGCGACGUCUUCUCAGCCCUGCGAUCUCAGCAGGCCCAUGUUCCAUACCGCAACUCCAAGCUCACAUACCUGCUUCAGGAAGCGCUGAGCCGAGAUGGGAAGGCUCUACUGCUCCUACAGGUGUCACCAGUGGAGCAGAAUGUAAAUGAGUCGCUCUGUUCCUUACGGUUCGGGGACAGAGUCCGAUCUGUGGAGUUGGGAAUUCCAAGCAGGAAAAUAGAGCAAGCAGGAGCCAUGGUCACAGAGAGUUCUGAGAGUGACAGCCCCUCCCCACGUGGCACAAGAACCACGUCUGUGCGUAAGAAGCUUCCGUCCUCAGUGCGGCAGCGGAUCGGACCCCCCUGACGACGGCGCCCCCGCUAUGAGCAGCUUAUAUAAGUAGCCGGUUACAUUAAGCUCUCGCCUGCUGCCUGUGGACAUGUCCAUUUGUAUUAUGAUGCUUUUCUAGAGUCCUUAUUACAGAGUAUUUUAUAAAG